GUCUUUUUCAUAACUGAAGCAGUUGUGUCACAAAAAUCUGUAACACCUGUUGUAGUCUGUAUGUCCUUUUAGAGGAGAGAGAGCUCCAUCUGCUGUACAUCCAGCAGAGGGCUGAGAGCACAGCGGGCACCAGGCAGGACGGGUGGGGUCAGGAAAUGCGGUCUUUCCCCGCUCGCGAGCCUCAUUGGUCAAUCAGCCGCUUCUGUUACGCUUUCCCGUCCUGUGAUUGGUUGCUACGCUCAACGGCUUUCACUUGAUUGGCCGAAAAGGCUUCGCUUUCUGUGGGCUGAGAAGUCGAUGAUUCCGUUUGUUCCUGGCUACGAGUAGAGACGCUGAAGGGGCUGGGCGGGCCCACAGUGGAGAAAUGGCGAGAAUGGUGAACGAGAACGGCCGUGGAGUGGAAACACAGAGCCCCGAACCGCAGGGACCGGGUCGGGGGACGGCCAGAUGGGGCCCACAACACGCCGGUGCCCGAGAACUGGCCAAUUUAUACUCGCCAGGCAAAAGAUGUCAAGAAUGGAUAAGUGUUGUCCUCUGCUUCUCUCUCAUGGCCUUCAAUUUCAUUCACCUCCUUGCCAAUUUCCAUCUGGGACAUUUGUGGUACAUCGUGUUGGGCAUUGUGGCAGGAAUACUCACCGCCGACUUUGCAUCAGGAGUUGUUCACUGGGGUGCUGAUACGUGGGGAUCAGUGGAUCUGCCCAUCUUUGGAAAGGCCUUUAUACGACCAUUUAGAGAGCACCACAUAGACCCCACAGCCAUCACCCGUCACGACUUCAUUGAAACCAAUGGUGACAAUUGCAUGCUGACCAUAGUCCCGCUGGCAAACAUGGCCUUCAACUUCCUCACCCUCUCCCCCGCGGAGAUCUACCAUAUCUACCCCUUGUACUGCUACUUGUUUGCACUAGCCAUCUUUGUGACACUUACCAACCAGAUUCACAAGUGGUCGCACACCUACUUCGGCCUCCCUCGCUGGGUCGUGUUCCUACAGGACUGCCACAUCAUCCUUCCCCGCAAACACCACCGCAUCCAUCACGUCUCCCCGCAUGAGACGUACUUCUGCAUCACUACAGGUUGGUUGAACUACCCUCUGGAGAAGCUGGGCUUCUGGAGGAACCUGGAGGAUAUUAUCCAGGGCGUGACGGGAGAGAAGCCCAGAGCAGAUGACCUGAAAUGGGCUCAUAAAGUCAAGUAACGCCGCAGGCUAACUGCACCCUACCUCAGAAGACGCUGGCUCCGUCCAGGCUUCUCAUCCCCUUUUUGCCUCACUUAAACUGUAAUCCAUUGGAAGAAAAACUAACAGUUUCUGAUGCCAUAGCUUUAAGUCUUGCACAUUUUGUCUGUUUUUUCAAGAGGAGGGCUUUGUUGGAAUUUUACAUCACUCACGAUGGAGAUCAUCAUCUCAAAUUGCAAUAUAUCCUUAUAUACUCCUUGUAUGUCGAACACAAUUUAUCUGUUUUUGAGGUGAUUUACAGAGGCUUUAUUGCAAAGAAGGUUUGGUCAGACACAUAAUUUGCAAUCACUUUCCAAGGAGAUUAAAAGAUUUCCUUCACUUCAGAAUAUUCAAACAAUCCCGAGCAAGAAUACUUGAAAGAGGAGAAAAAAACCCACUUUUUUUAUCUCCUUCAGAGCCACCACUGAUCAUUUGUAGAGGUGAUAGAUCACAUUAUAUUUAGCACUGCUUUAUUUUCUCUGGAUCGGUCUUUGCGUCUAUUUGAUGUGCAAGUGAUAAAAUUGGAUUUAGACUUGGGUAAGUAGUAGACGUGGGGUUAAACAGGGUUUUUGGAUGCUUUACCAAUGUUAGUAGCUAAAGAACAAAUUGGUUAAUUACUGUUACAUUUCUUUUUUACCUCUUGCACAUUUGGGUUCAGCUGCACACUCUUGGAACUGUUUUUUUUCUCGUGAGGUGAUGACAAGAUGUGAUUUUUUUUUUUUUUUUUUUUAAAUAUUCAACCAAUUCCUGUUGUUGCUUCAAGCUACUUGCUUCAAACAAAGACUCAGUCAUAUUUAACAGUUCAGGCUUUGUCAAUGGCUUUGUCAAUCUGAGACAAUGAUUACAGUUACACUUUAAACGCCAAAAUCAUCCCAUCAGGAUGCUAAACGACAGGUCUGACAGCUCAGAAAACAGAAACCAAAAAAAGGAAAAAACAAAAAACAAAUUGCUGUCAGAUCCUCAGCUGGCAUUAUGAUUGGAAUUUUCUAGAUGAUAUCCGGCCAGCGUGCAUUGUGAAAAUGUGCAUUUCUAUUUUUAACGCAGAAGUUAAAUAAUUUUCAGGAAGAGUGUGAACAUAGAGGUAAUUUGAUAUGAAAAAAACUCACAUUGAAAUGUGUGUAACUUUAGUCAAUGUUGAUGUAUGCCAUUAGGAAAUGUGGGCAAAUAGAAAUGUAUCUUGUUUUACUUGUAAUCUUCUCAGAUGAUCAUGUGUCUUAGGUGAAAAGCAUUUUUUUAGAUUUUGACUCAUUAGCAGUCAGGAAAGAGGCACAUGCAGUCUUGUCAAGCUGCCUUACACGCCGCAGAUGCAGUACUUGCGUAUUUUUUUUAUUGUUUCUUCUUCUUCUUCUUCUUUGCGUUGUCGCAAUGACUAUUCUGUCUUUCUGGGAUUUGUCUCUCGGAGUUAAUCACACGCAGAUACUCCAAAGUUACGUGCCAACUUGAUGUAACACUGUUUUCACUCCUUACAUCUUGCUCUUCUUUUGUAUUGUGGGAAGGAAAUGACAGUUUCUAGAGCGUAACAUUCCCCUUGAGUAAUGUUGCCAUUGUGUACCGUCUUGGUAACUGCGACAAGCAGACUUGGUGAUGUUACAAGGGCUUCAGUGAACGCUGACGAUCCAGGAUUUUCUUCACUCUAUAGAUGAGAUUAUGUAAUCAAGUAACUGGUUGAAAGUUUGUUUUUUUUUAAAAUGCUUUAGUCAGUAAUUUGUAAAUGUAUUGUACAGCGAAUAACUAUGCAGUGUAAUAAGAGGCCCUUAACUAUACGUCUUAACUCAUCUGAUUAGAUUAAAAUGCCUUUCUUUUUCUAAUAGUUUUCAGAUAUUUGCAAAGUUGGGAAACUGGAGCUUGAAGUUUUAGCUACUUAUAAAAGUGCAUGACAAAAAAAUUUUACUUUUUAAUUAACAUGUCACUUACACAGAUGUAAGAAUGCAUGCAUGCAUACAGCAUGUCGGCUUGUGCAAGCAAUACACUGGGUCACCAGCUUUCCUUUUGAGUUUGUGUAAAACAGACACUUAACAGGGAGGAUGAAAUUUAUUGUACUUAAUUCAAAAGAUGUCCCCAAACUUUGACCAAAUGGUCACACGUUUGAACUACCAAAAUAUUACCUUCAUUCCAAGGAAAACCUGGCAGAGUUUUGAGGUUUUAACAGGAGAAGCUAAUCUUGCUGCUCGGCCGGGUUGACCUGGUUAAAAGGAUUAUUAAGCUAUAUAGUCAAAGUAGGAAAUUUAAUGAUAGUAAUAGUUCCUUUUGGAGCCAAAAUUAUGUUUUAUAUUAUGUAAUAUUCCAGUUUUUGAAUCCUUCAUACUUGAUAUAUUCACCAUAGGUCAACAGCAGAAGUACACUGCAGACUGCAUAGUGCUUGUAGAGUAUUGUGAGAAGCAGUUUUUGUGUGCGCUAGGUCGUGUAAUUAUAUAUACUGGUAAAUGGAUGCCGUUUUGUGUUGCUGCAGCAAAGUUUGAGGCCCGCUUAUUCAACUCCUGUAGUCCUUUUUCAUCAGUAUUAGGAAAUUACAUUGUUUGGGCACUGCUAAAUGCGCAGUUAGUAGACACAUUGGAAGCCUGACAAACAAUUUACUAUGUAAACAGGAACUUUGGCGUUGGCUCUACUGGAUGCUUCUGCGCUUCAGUAAAUUGCUUUUUGUGAUAAUAUAAGAGUUAUGACGAUUUUAAGAAAGUUUUGUGUUUAUGUAAAACUGCAAAAUAGGUAAAUGACAAAGGAUAAUAGUAGAGAUGAUAUGCCAUAUUUAGUUUGGAGAUAUUUGGUGAGCUCAGAACAGACCCAUACUAUAAUAAUCUUUGACUCAUGUUGUUAUUUAUGGGUGUCAUAGUGAUGAGUCAGGUUGUGAGUAUAGAUGUAACAUGCGUUAACUUGUUCUUCAUUCUUAUUCUCCAGAUGAACUCAGGAUUGUGGUUAGAUUGAAUUAGUUUAAUAUGAAUUGGUGAUUUAAAAGAAAAAGCACUCCAUUAGUAAAGUUAAGGCAGAUAUUUAGAUGAUAAAAGUUAUUUAUGUCACUCAUUUCCAUCAGAUUUUGUUGGCCAGAGUAGCCCAAUGAUUUUAAAUGCAUUAUAUUGUAGCCAUAUAUGAGUACAGUUAACCUCUUGUUAUUGAGGUAGAAUUUGUGAUUAAAGCUGUGUUUGGUUUUUCGGACUCACAGAAAAUGGGCUUUCCUUGGUGGAUUUGAAUGGUAUUUUUGUGACAAUGUGUGAUUAACUAAAUAUUUUCCCACUGGAAACAAUUUUGUGAAAACAAAUGAACAUGUUAGUAAGUUGGGUGGGCAGUUGUCGUCGGUAUGUUUGACAUGCUGUGUUGAAAUCACUUUUGUAAAGAUCCUUGGACUUUUUAUUGAAUUGCCUUAUCCUCUUCCCUGAUUGAUUUAUUGUAAAUCUUGCCAGCGAUAUGGGAAAACAAUUUAUUGACUGACUUUAAAUUGCCCUUCUCUUGCCUCUUACGUCGUCUGAGGCAGGACCCAUAUGGAUGUUGUAGUUGGUUAUGUAAGCUGGUGGUGAUGGAGUUUUAGAUAUCAGAAUAAUGCCUUGAUGCCUUUUUGUUGUCUUCCAUUUGGGAGACUUACAAUGUGUAUAUUAAACUGUAUUUAUAAAUAAACUAAAUAAACGGUUAAUAAAUUACCACAAUCUGA